UGGUCUUGUUAAAGAAGGAACCCCUCAUCACCAAACCCAAACAGACCCUUAUUAUUAUUUUUUAUUUGUUCUUUUUUUACAUUUUCCAUGCACCUAAUAACGUAAGAAAAACGCUCCCACGGCUCUCUUCACCAUCUACUUCUCUUCUUCCUCUUCAAAGUCACCCCUUCCGAGAAACUCAAACCCCACAAAACCAAUCAACCAGGAGAUCCAUUUUCCGGCGAUCCAUCUCAAAAUGUCGACAGCAACCGGCGCGUUCAAUUCUCUGAAGCUGCUAACCGUGUUUCUUGUGGUUGCUGCUAUUGCAACUCCAAUUAAUGGCUCCAAUUCAAGAAAGCUGGAUGAGAGCCCCGCGUCUGGAUCGCCUGAUGCGGGAGUCAAGUGCGGUGGAUGCUCUUCGUGCCAGAAUCCAUGCAACCAAAGCCCUCCACCGCCACCACCGCCGUCACCGCCACCGCCUCCCAAGAAGCCACGGGCACCGUACUGUCCUCCUCCACCUCCACCACCUGCAUCUUUCUUAUACGUAACUGGCCCUCCCGGGACCUUGUACCCGAUAGACCAGAACUACGGCGGCGCCAGCCGGAACUUCAUGGUGGGGUUGCCAAUUUUGGCUGGUUGCGGAUUGUUGAAUCUUCUUCUUCUGUAGUGAGUUCAGGGAAGGUUCAGAUUUCAAGGACAGAAUCAGAAUUUUAGUGGAGAGGGAAAGUUAAUUGAAGUCCCUAGUGUUGGUACUUUCCCUUAUUUCAAGUGCUUCUUAAUUUGAAUAAGAAUCUUGCUACUUUCUCCAAUUCUGGUAAGGCGUACGAUCUUUAUGAGUUACAAUUCUCUUCUUCUAUGCUGUUUGUCCUAUGGCUUCUUCAUCGAUUUCCUAACGUGAGCAGAAAAUGCUUGAAUUGAGAUGAAAUUUGUAUGAAAUUAAAGCAUAAAGAAAGCCAGCCCACUGCCGAUUAUCUUCAGGUGAAUCAUUAAGUAGAGGCAGUAGCGACCAGCUUGUAUUUCCACUGCCGUGUCAAUUGCAUACUCGUUUUCUAUGAGCCCACCAAUUAUUGGGAAUAUGCUCAUUUGCUUGUCUUCAUUUUCACAUGUGGCUGACAUUUGUAUGAUGGGUUCAACAAAUUUUUGGGUCUUAUCCACCCCCGUCGGUAGAAUUAUUUUGUGCUUUGAUCCUAUCAUAAUUGAACUAUACUGGGUCUUUAAAUUA